AUGUCGGCACUAACGUCCAUUAACCUUGGCCGCAAGUGUGUGCGAGGCAAAAACGAUGGCAAUGACAGGCUCAGCAGCCUUCCUGACGCGCUGUUGCACCACGUGAUGUCCUUCCUGCCUAUGGCGGAGGUUGUGCGCACGAGUAUUCUCUCUGCUAGGUGGCGCAAUCUCUGGGCCUCUACGCCAUUCAUUCACAUUGACCGCCAGGAAUUGCUGAAUGAAAUUGAGUGGACAGAGGAGGACACCGAGGACAUGCAUGAAAGUUUUGUGGACCAUUUGCUGCUCUUGCGUGAUGGGACUGUUUCCUUGGAUGAGGCCCGGAUCCUCAUCAGCCGUGAUGACAGAGGCAAGUCUUCUGCAUGGAUUCGCUAUGCCAUCAAGCACAAUGCUCGUUUGCUUCAUGUUUAUGGAGCCCACAGACGUGUCCAAUUGGAUGGCAUAGCGAUGUGUCCUUCUCAGUAUCUCAAGAGAAUAAGGCUCGAAUCUGUCUAUUUGGUCCAUGGGUUCUUCACGCCGCUAAACUACAACUUUCCUAUGCUCGAGCAUUUAGAGCUGGAGCGAUGUGUUAUUGCCUGCGCAAAGGCUGAGAUCUCAUCGAGGUCACUCAAGGUUCUGCAUAUGACUCAUUGCUUUCAUAUAUACAGUCUCCUGAUUUGUGCCACCAACCUUACCCAUAUUUCUAUCAUUGAUCCAUGGUGUAACUCCGAUCCUGUAGUAACCAGGGAUUUGGCUUCUCUAGUAACAGCUUCGAUUGCCCUAUCUGGUUGCCACAUUCAUAACAGUGUAGAAAAAAUAGUGGAUCAUCGUCUACUUGAUGGACUUUCACAUGCCACAAAAUUGGAGUUGCAUGCACCAUCACCUGAGCUCGCAUUCGAGAGAGGUUUGCAAACAUGCCUGACGUUGAGUAACCUGACAAGUUUGGUGCUGGGUGAUUGGUGCAUGGCUGCUGACUUGUACCCUCUCUUCUACAUUCUCCAUCGCUCGCCCAAUCUGAAGGAGCUAUGUUUUAAGCUCAAGAUGGAGCAAUGUAGAAUAUGCAAGAAGGCUGAAUCUGCUUCAUUGCCAGCAAGGAACACACUACCAGUCCGGGGCUAUCCCUGUAUCGAGAGAAUCAAGAUAUACUGCAGCAAAGAUGAUCCGAGGGUCGGCACGCUAGUGCAGGCAUUGCUACCGAUCUUCAUCCCAGAUGGGAAAAUCAGUAUCGACGAUCGCUAA